AAGUAGGUUUUUUCAUCCUGCAUUGACUUCGAGCGAAGCUGACCGAAUAUAUUAUAAAUUGUCAGGAUGUAAGUGUAUCGAUCCUCAGCAGAGAUGGACGAUUAUUAAUUUUCCAUCAUGAUUUGAUUAGCUUUAUGAGCAUCAUGCAACGGAGAUGCGGUCGAGGCUACUCUCUGUGGUAUGUCCCAUUGGUCGCAGAUUGUACGCAUUUCUCAUGUUGUAAAUGUGCCAGGCCGCUGGUUCAUCAACCAUAGAGAACAUUGUUCAGCUUGGUUCUGGUAAAUUUCGAAGCUAUGUUGCGAUGAACCUGCUUAUUGUCGAUCAUUUAGCUGUUGUCAUUAUUUUCGAACACUCUUUCUACAUUUACGACAAGCGGCGCUAUCUUCAGGACCAGCAGAAGUCUGAUCCCUCUUAUUAUCUCGCUCUCGAGCAGUACAUGGCAUCUCCGCAUGCAGCCGCUGUCAAAGAAGGUGUGAGCGCUGCCGUCCAGGCCUAUGAAGAAGCUGUGACUGCUGCCUCCCAUGCAUAUGAAGAAGCUACGAGGACUGCCGUCUAUCCGUAUGAAGGAAACCUGCCUACUUGGAUGACGAAGUUACCAUUCAAACCCUUCAAGAGGAAGGCAAAAGAAGCAUUUGAAGGCUCUCGGGAAGAAGAGAAAAGAAUUUUGUCCUCUCAGGCGAAGGCGGAGUUAUCGAAGAAUAUCCUUGCAAUCACCUUAAAUCAUCGCAUGCGUAUGUUUCACCAUUACGUUGUGGCAACAGUCCCACUGAUCUGCUUGUCUUCAGCGAGACCUCAAUUUUAGCCAAUGCAGCAUAACAUUCUCGUUCGGAUUGGAGCUGAGAUGUGAUUUUGUGUUACGUUGAAUGGUUCUAGAUUCCGGAUGGUGGAACUGUAGGAAAUGUUUGCAUGAUCACGCUUUGUCCGGUACUGUGUAUACGUGUUUGAGAAUGUCGGUCACUAGGUCGCAGAUCAAGCCGCGCAUGACUAUUCCUUCGAUAUUUUAUUCAUGCUAGAGAUACAUAUAUACAAGUAGCUACACCAGCCGA